CCCCUUUUCUUCUCCUGAAGACUGCAUUUGAAUAUUUUCUCUUUUAUUGUACUGAGCUGUAUUGCAGUCAUAUUGUAUUCACACCCUGCUCCAUUUUGUCUACAAAAAAGCCAUGAACAACAUUGACUCGCUGCCUCCUGCCUGCUCCAAGCUGCUCCACGAAAAGUCGCGCCGCAAGCUCUCAUUUGCCCAGAUUGCGGAGCACCUGUCGCAUGACGAGGUGUGGACAGCGGCACUGUUCUACGGGCGUGCAACGCCGACGCUCAAGGACAUUCAUGCGCUCGCCGACAUGCUCAAUCUGUCGCCACAGACGCUGGAGGACGACUUUCGAACGGCUGGCCCUCCGUUGCGCGAAGUAAAUAUAUCCAGUGCCACAGACCCGGUGAUAUACCCAUUCCAGGAGGCUAUUGCACUGUACGGGCCAGCCAUCCGCUCGGUUGUCGUCGAGAAAAUGGGCGAUGGCGCGGUCAGCGUGCCUGACAUGAAGGUACGCGUGGAGAAAGUUCCCAGAGGCAGGGACGACAACGUUAGACUCAUUCUCGAGUCCAAGUACACGUUGUACAAGAGCUGGUAGUCAGGGGGGAGGGCACAGGGCCAGUCGUGGGAAUACUGUCUGCAACUACUACGCGAAUGCUUUUCUGUUUUUAAAAUAUAUAAUAUAUAUAUUCUAGGACGAGAAAAAGAUGAAGCAGAGAGAAAAU